ACUGAGGCUGCUGCCAUUUGCAAUCCGUUUUCUUCUUCUCCAACAUCUCCAACAUCCAUUUUGUCUGCUUGUUCUGAAACGAUACUGCACCACAUCUUGCUCAUUACCGAUUGUAUUUAUUAUCAAAUGUAUUAAUUCCAACAUCACCACAUUCGUCGCCAUGAAGAGCAUGAGGGCAGGCCUCGUCGCCCGCACCAGCUGCACGAGGCACGCCACUACAAGGCGGCGAUUUGCAACAUCAGCAGCAGCAGCAACUCCCUCUACCGAAUCACAUACACAGACUCAACUUGCACCGUCACGGAGAGAAAAGAUCCGCGAUGCGAAACCCUUUUCCGACUUCCUUACCGACAACUUCCGCAGGCAGCAUGAUUACCUGCGCAUCUCCAUCACCGAGCGGUGCAACUUGCGCUGCCUUUACUGCAUGCCCGAAGAGGGCGUGCCUCUUUCUCCGAACCGCGACCUUCUCACAACGCCAGAAAUUGUCAUGCUGUCUUCCAGCUUCGUCUCGCAGGGCGUUACUAAGAUUAGGCUCACAGGCGGCGAGCCGACAGUGCGCAGCGACAUUCUGCCGCUGAUGAGUCAGAUCGGCUCGCUUCGAAGCCAUGGACUGAAGGAGCUGUGUAUUACUACAAACGGCAUCUCGCUGCAUAGAAAGCUCGACAGCAUGGUGGAGUCGGGGCUCACGGGGAUAAACCUGAGCUUGGAUACGCUGGACCCGUGGCAGUUCCAAAUCAUGACGAGGCGAAAGGGCUUCGAGGCCGUGCAGAAGAGCAUCGACCGCAUUCUGGAAAUGAACAAGCUGGGCGCCGGCGUAAAACUCAAGAUUAACUGCGUGGUCAUGCGUGGCGUCAACGACCGUGAAAUCCUGCCGUUUGUUGAGUUGACACGCGAAAAGGACCUCGAGAUCCGUUUUAUUGAGUACAUGCCCUUUGACGGCAACAAAUGGAGCAAGGGCAAGAUGCUGGGCUACGACGAAAUGCUGGAUAUGAUUCGGGAGCAGCACCCGACGCUGAGCAAAGUCCAAGACCACAAGAACGACACUUCAAAGACAUGGCAUAUCCCAGGUUUUGCGGGACGCCUCGGCUUCAUCACCAGCAUGACACACAACUUUUGCGGUACCUGCAACCGCCUGCGCAUUACCAGCGACGGAAAUCUUAAGGUCUGUCUAUUUGGCAACGCCGAAGUCUCCCUACGAGAUAUUCUCCGCCAGUCCAACAACGGCGAGCCCAUUGACGAACAAGCGUUUGAAGCGCUCAAGACGUUAAAAACCGAGCGCCAGCAAAACUCGGCACUUACUGGCCAACCGCUUGGUACACCACCCAACGAAGCGGAACUGCUCGAUGUCAUUGGCAUGGCGGUAAAGAGAAAAAAGGCUAAACACGCCGGCCUCGGAACGCUGGAGCACAUGAAGAACCGGCCCAUGAUUUUGAUAGGCCACAACACACCACCAUCUCUAACAGGCCCGAUCUCGCCACGCGGCAAGGCCCUGCUAUCCAACCACUUCGCCAUGCCAACAUCUACUUUCUCCCCAUCUACGCGCUACUUUUCAACCUCUGCCCGACGUUUAAAAGACGACGACGGCACACUCAAACUUACACACGUCUCCGAGUCGGGCGCGGCACACAUGGUUUCAAUUUCCGAUAAGAACGUGACGUCUCGCAUCGCCAAAGCAGCAUGCACCGUGCGCUUCUCUGAGUCGAGCCCAGCCCCGGGACUCAUUCUUUCCAACACACUCAAGAAGGGCGAUGUGCUGGGCGUCGCACGCAUAGCGGGCAUCAUGGCAGCCAAGCGCACGCCAGACCUGAUCCCGCUGUGCCAUCCGAUUCCGAUCUCCAAGGUCUCUGUGGAUCUCGAGCUCGAUCCUGCAGGGAACAAGGUGGAGGUUGUAGCGACGGUAGCGUGUGAUGGUAAGACGGGCGUAGAGAUGGAGGCGCUUACGGCGGCGAGUAUGGCGGCCUUGACAGUGUAUGAUAUGUGUAAGGCGGUAGAUCGGGGGAUGGUGGUGGAAGGGCUGCGGGUAGUGUUGAAGGAUGGUGGUAAGAGUGGCCGAUGGGAGAUGGACUAGUGGUUGUCACUAUAUCUACAUGAUCACCAAUCUAUGGUACAGAUUGACUGCCAAUGGCUGUGAUAGAUUACCUUGGUGUAGUGUUAAUACUUUAUGGAAUUGAUGUUUAAAAGUCACGGCGUCGGAA